GAGAGAAGGGAAAGACGCCCCCGCACGUACGUACGUCAUCGACGCCUCUCUCAAGACGCCCAGAAAAAAACGACGCCUGUGCCGACGCCGCGACGCAGUCAGUGCCGACGAAUUAAACACCAAAUAGCCAGUCGCAGAUCUCGACUCGCUAUACCGCCAACUUAGUAGACGAACGACCAAGUGAGCAAAUAGAAGAGUAGCCGACGAAGAAGCAACAAACGACGACAAAAUGUUUAAGAACCACCUUGAAAUGAUCAGUCUCAACGAGACCCCCUCGAAAAAGGCCAAGUUUUGGCAGUCCUUUGUCAGGUCCCUUAAAGGCUCCGAUGACCUGAGGGCCUCCGACACCUACUCGUCCAGACCCAGGGGCAUCUUCCGUCCAUUGAGCGAUCUACCCGAGCUCUCCACUGGUUGGCCCUUCGGCAAAUCCAUCUACGAUGACCCCAGUGCAGCUGCCGAACGUAUCCACGUUCCUGGAUACCGUUACGAUCCUUUGCACCGCGACACCUACGGAUACUCACCCAGGCCGAUUUUCCCCCACAACUACGGCUCCUUGGACAGAUACAGGCCUGCCUACCACGUAACUAAACCACGUCCCUUCGACGCCGAUGCUGCCUGGAGAGACCACAUCGACCGCGUGAAGGGUCGCGAGCCCAGCCAAUGGCCAUCCAGCAUUUUCCACACCACUUACCCCUUCUCCCGCUACCCGCUCUACUUGGUCUACAGCAAGAGACCACCCCCAUCUACCGACAAGUACGACCCGCACAGGUCCUGGUUGAACCAUUUGGACCGUCUUGCCGAACUCGACAAGUUGUAUCCCACCUUGUGGCCAAUGACCGGAAGCAAAUUGAGCCCUACACCGAUUAAGCCAGGCGCAUUCAGCCCCCGCCCCUCUGAGGUGGCGUUCAACUAUGCCGGACAACCGAUCUGGUCGCGACCACGUAAGGGAAUUUUUUCAGAAAUGCUCAAUCCCUCGCCCUCUCUACCAAUUUCAGCGGUAACCCGUGACCCUUUCUGGUGGGAUUCCCCGUUGAAACCCGCAACGGUGCACAACCCCUGGGGUAAAUCCCCGUUUUACCUGCGCGACUCGUAUCUGUCGCCCGUCAAAAGGACGUUCCUGUGGGACAAGCACCCCAUCAGACCGUUCGACCGCCACGUGGUUUUACACCAGAAUUGGGAAAUUGCUGCCGUCUACUAAGUGGGUCGAUGAUCACCAAAAACACCACCAAUAAAACGCACUUUCAAGCGACUGACUGAAAGAAAAUUAAAUUUAAAAAAAAACUGCUUUUCACCACCUGUUCGCAUUUUUUUUGAACCGGUGCUUAAGUGUUCACUCAUUAAUUUAAGUGCCUUAUUAUAUACAACUUUUAUUUUAUUUUAUUUAUUUGUGUCCUCUGAGAUUCAUAUUGUGAAUUAACGUGUCUCUCCAUUCCAUCUUAGAAAGCGAUAUGACUUCAGAAGGGCACGUUAUAAUUUUUAAGUAAUUUUCGGUAUUUUAAUUGUUAUAAUAUUGUACGUAUAACUGUUAAUGUAAUAUCGGGAUAGAUACGAAGAUAUGGAAAUAAAACACUCUGGAAACCAA